ACUUGAAAUUUAUUAUUAUUAUUUGUUAACAAUUUCUGCAGCUGCAGGACUUUACUUGGCGGUGGGUGUGUGCUUCAAUCCCGCCUCAGUAAACUUCAGCCGAUCGUUAGAGCUUAUCUGUACAAACUCAAGGACGAAGUCUCUCCUUGUUAAGUGUUGCAGAAGGGAGGGUCUGUCAUGUAGCAGGAAUUUACGGUUAUCUAAGAAUUUCUUCUUCGCCUUUCUUGCUGCUUUGAAACCCUUUCUCUGGCUUUGAUGUUGUGAGUUUAGAGGAGACACCCAAGGAUAUUGCUUAGAAGAAUCGAGCUCCUUUCUGCUGAAGAUAGAGCAAAAAUUUUGCAACAGUUUAUUUAUUUUUUUUUUUUUCUGAAGGCAAAACUAUUUGUUAGUGCGCGAACAGCUCGGCAUGCCCCUCGUAGUUGAAUGCCAGUUGUGUAAUUACGCUAUAUAACAAAAAAUACAGAGGUUCUCUGUCUUGCCAGAUUGAUUGCCAUUAUAUUAACUAUGCUUGUUUUAACUUUAUUGCAGAGUUUUCGUUAGCACAGCUUAGUUAGGGAACUGAGCAGCUCUGUCCUGUGUCCCACCGACCUGGAGUCAGCAGGCUGUGCGCGGUUCUGCGGAGCCUCAGGAGCACGUUAAGAAAAUUGUGUUUAUAAAUUGUGGACUACAAAUGGCAAAUCAACCUGGAGCACUGGUCGGUCCUAACUGUGUUUAUAUCCACACGUUUAAAUAUAUCACAAAGAUCUGGCUUGUAUUGCGUGUAGGUAAAACACAACAGGCAUUGUAAGAAAAGUGCAAGAGCGUUGGCAUUCCGUGGCGGUCUGUUUUCAAAUCUUUCUUUUAAACAAAUCUCUUACAAAAGUCAUAUAACACUAUUCAAUACUGUUGAAGUAAAACCCAUAGAACAAGUGAGCUGCAAAAAUCCGCGCAUAAGCGCUUUAUUUUGUUGUAUUUUACUCCCAAUUCCUGUCUUGGCAAUUACCAUUUUUAUUAUUUUGGCACUAAACACAUCAGCUCUUCCUCAUUAUUCAUUUUGGAAAAUCAAUGUACAAAGUGUCUUGGGAGAUCCAAAUUCCUUAAUUUAGCCCUGCUGCCAAAGGGUGAAGUGGAAAAAAACCCAACAUAUUAAAUAAUAUUUACAGUAACUGAUGCUUUUGUUUCUGCCUUGAGAAGACUGCUGUCUUUUGUCAUACUAAAAUGAUUAUUUACAUUUAGAUGCAAAGUAACCUCUUCCUAACAGAGAGGGAAAUGAAAGAUGAUACUGUUUUAAGCGCUGCUUGUAGUAGUAGAGGAAACAAAGGAAGAAUGGAGCCAACAAAGGAGUCUUAUGAUCACUUUCUUUUGGAUAUUCCUGUCACCAGAGAGCAGAUGAACCGCUAUCGAGCUGCAGCGGAGACUGCUCAAAGUGAACUUGCAGCACUUUCAGUGAAGUAUGAUUGUGCCCAAUCAGAGCUUCUAGAACUCAGGUCCAGGAUGGUUUCUAAGGAAGCCUCUUAUCAAGAGCUGAAGGCUGAAGCUGAAAGCUACAAGGAAAACAAUGCUAGACAGGCAUCUCUUCUCCUGUCUUUGCAAACCCGAGUUCAAGAGACAGAGGACGAGUCCAGUGUGCUUGCCACUUCUAAAAAACAGGCUGAGCUGACAGCUCAGGCAGCAUUCAAGGAAAACUGUGAGCUGAAGGAGAAACUUCAUGAGCAAAAUGCCAAACUUAAUAAAUAUUUGAGUGAGUGUGAAGAAAGCAAGACACAAGCUUCUAAGAUCAGCAGAAAGUAUGAAGAGCUCCUUUCACAGCUUUCUGAAUUCUUGGACACAGACAUCAGAGAGAAAGAGAAACCACAGGAACAUUUAAUGUCAAAGGUCUGUGAAAUAUGUAAAGAAAAUCUGGCACUAAAAGGUCAGGUUGCUGCUCUUCAAGAAGCUAUUGAUGGCCAUGAGAUGGAGUCCAAGGCUAGCAGAGAAACUAUCAUGAGGCUUGUUUCAGAAGCAACCAAAGAGCAGAAAAAGGCAGCAGGAUACUAUCAAGACAUGGAAAAAUGUAGUAAGGAUCUUGACAGUGCUAGAAUAGCAAGACAGAGUUUGGAGAUGGACAUCAGAAACCUCCAAGAUAAACUCAAUGCUAACCAGAGAGGCUGGGAAGCUUCGAAGCAGGAACUUCACAAUCUGAAGAAAUCUUUGAGUGAGCUGGAUGGAAGUUUGAAGAGCAGCAAAGAAGAGGCCAGGACUGCUCAAAGUUCUUUGGUGGCUUUCAAAGAGCAAAUCGCUGCCCUUCUCAGCAAUGGAUUGGCAACAGUUAAACCCUCUGAGAAAGCUAUUUUGGAAAGGAUCCAGGAAAUUAACUGCAAAGAGGAGAGUAAAGAGAUAAUAGUAUCUCAACUUGAAACCCAGAUAGCUAAACUGACUGAAAGUUUGGAAAAUCAGACCAGAUUGUAUCAAGAAGCUCUGGAGAGAAACAGAAAAACUGAAAAACAAUCAGAGACCCUCCAGGAUCGACUGAAACACUUGGAAGAGGAAUUGCUGUCUAUAGAUAUGAUGCAAGAUGGUUUGAAGCUUGAGAAACAAAAAUAUCUGAUAUUUCUGGAGCAACUUAAUGAGAAGAUGAAGCUGGAUAGUGUAGCAGCAGAGGUUGGAUUUGAUAUGAAUGUGAAUGCGAUUCUAGCCCGGGUAGAACAGUUGGUCAAACUGGAAGGUGAUGCAGUGAUUGAAAACAAGACUAUGGCAUAUAGCUUAAGAAGAAAGUUGAAGACUCAGAAAGAAAAACUUGAAAGCAAAGAGUUGCAUGUGAACCUUCUGCGGCAGAAAAUAACCCAGCUGGAAGAAGAGAAGCAAGUAAGGACAGCCUUAGCUGUGGAGAGGGAUGAAGCCAAUCUCACUGUCAGAAAGUUGCACAAGAUGAUAGAGAGGUUACAGAAGCAGCUUGAUCUGGUCAGGGAAACAAAUACUGAUCUCAAAGCCAAGCUGUCUGAAACCAAUGAACUUAAGAUCCAGACUUUGGAGCAGAACAGAACAAUAGAAGAACUUAGUAAGUCUCAAGGCAAGUUGGAAAGAAUGAAAGAAAAGGUUGAGAAACAACUAAAUUCUGUUAAAUCUGAACUUCAUUUAAAGGAGCUUAAAGCUACUGAGGAUAAAGAAAAAGCCAAAAAUAUGCUAGAAGCAGUUUCCAGUGAAAUGAAGGUGCUUAAAACAACCCUUGCAGAAUUAACAAGAAGAGAAAGACAGCUGGCAGACUUCCGAGAGGUAGUCUCACGGAUACUGGGCCUCGAUAUUGCCAGCCUUGCUCUGCCUGACUACGAGAUCAUUACACGCCUUGAGGGGUUGAUUCACUGUCAUCAGCACCAUUUUAUCACCUGUGUCUGUCUCAAAGACGUGGCAAGAGCACAAGAUGAACAUACCAUUUCUUCACUAAAACACACAUUUUGAGGAAACCUAAGUAAAAUUUUCUUUUUCUCUUCCCUAUCUGCUAGAUACGCAUAAAAAAUAGGUCCUUAUUUCUGGUCCUUGCUCUACAGAUACCUACUUGGACUAAUUUUUAGUGUUUCAGUAGACACUCUGAGCCUAAUGGAUAGUAUAUAGCCAACAACCUAGACACAACAAACAUAAAAUCCCUGGGCUGCACAAUAUUUCAGUCAUGAAAAUGGUAGGCAAUAUGUGAACAAUGAACAUUCCUCCAGUUUCAGUGCAGAGGCACUGAAGGCAUUAGCCACCUGAGAUCAGUUCACAGUUCUGGCAAGUACUUGUUAGCUUCAGUGAUGUUUCUUGUGCUUUACCUCUGGGUAACAGUGAUGAAACGAACUGGGGAUUAUCCAGCUUCUGUUUCUCUUGCAAAAUGGGACCCAUCUGUGCAUUUAUGUACAUAGGAACUUCAGCUUAAGACUGGAAGUCAGUCAGAGGGCUAUUGGUUUUGGAAUAAGGUAUUUUUUUCUUCCAUUGUUUUCUGUAGAUGACUCGUGUCAAAACAAAUUAUACUUUUUCAGUGAAGACUCUUUCACAGGCUCCAGUCAUAUGCGUGGCAUAGAUAUAUAGUAAAAUUGCACGUAGUUCUUGUCACGAUGCCUUGAAAGUAUUUCUUCUAGCUGCGGUGUUCCUUGGGCAAUUAAUCCAUUGGCCAAAUAAGCAGCAGUUCUGAGUCAAUAAGGUAUUAAAAAAUCCUCAUCCACUAUAGAGAAUAGUUGAAUUACUGAAGUUUUGAUUUCAGAAAAGCAAUGGUGAGAUACCCAGAAUUACCUUUUAAUCAUGAAAUCUGUCUAAUGCCCUUUCUGAUUGUUGAACUUCAUGAUUUUUAAAAUACUUUGGAACAAUAAAUCUGUUUUAAUAGUACACUCAAAA